AUGCAACGACAUUUUUUUCGACAAACUCUUCGUUCACAAUUUUGGAAAUCUUCGGACCAAAAAAGAAAAUUCUUCAGGAACUCAUCGAAUGCCAUGAAAGUUAUUCCCAUUCCAGAUAACUAUUCGUACCUUGUUAUUGACGAGAGCACAAAUGAAGCUGCCGUGGUCGAUCCCGUUGAACCCGAGAAAGUUCUUCCAAUAGUCAAACAGCAUGGUGUGAACUUGAAACAUUUAAUCACCACACAUCAUCAUUCUGAUCAUUCUGGAGGAAAUGAAAAACUCGUUUCCCAACAUCCAGGUUUAACAGUUUAUGGUGGUGAUAACCGUAUACCAGCGUUAAAUUAUACUGUAAAAGAUGGUGAAGAAUUUAAAAUUGGAAACAUCUCUGUGAAAGCGCUUUUCACUAUUUGCCACACCACAGGAAGCGUUAGUUUCUAUUUUAAUGAUAAAGAUGAUAAAGCCGUGUUCACCGGUGAUACGUUAUUUAUUGGUGGUUGCGGUAGAUUUUUUGAGGGUACUGCCGCACAAAUGCACAACUCUUUGAUCAACGUCCUCGGUUCUCUACCAAAGGACACCAAGGUCUAUUGUGGUCACGAAUAUACUGCGAGUAAUCUCAAAUUUGCAUUAUCAAUAGAGCCUGAGAAUCUGGCACUUAAAGAAAAGUUUGAAUGGGUAUCACAGCAUACACAAACCGUACCGAGCACAAUCGGUGAUGAAUUUGAAUUCAAUCCGUUCAUGAGGGUUAAUGUACAUAGUGUGAGAAAAGCCACUGGAGAAGAAGAUCCU